AUGUCCAGCAAAGGUUUCGAAUUCUCUUCUAUUGACCACGAAACUCUUUUGUUGUUCGACACCAUUGCUCAAUCAUUGAUUUCUUGUUUUCAAAUAUGUCAUUCAACAACAUUUUGUUACAUUUUCGAUUUUGAUCAUCAAUCACAUCGUUGUCGUAUCUUUGAAGGUGAUAUAACUAAUAGCGGUUCAAUUGUUGCUUCUUCAUCUUCUUCAUCUCGCGUCGGAUCAAUCAAAUUGUAUCCAGAACAAUUUGCUAGCCGAGGACAAUCAUGUUCAUUUUGUCAAAAAAGUCGAUAUUUGACAUGUGUGAAUGGUACUUGUCAAUGUCACGCACAUACAUAUUUUGAUGGAUCUAUUUGUCAAAUUCAAAAAUUACUUGGAGCUAAUUGUAUUAUUAAUGCAGAAUGUCGUCUAGAUCUAAAUUAUACAUGUUUACCGCGUCAACAAUGUGGCCUGGCAUCAAUGCAGACUGCAACUACUGUUGCUGGCUAUGGUAAUGGUACGGGAGGAAGUUCUCUUAGUGCUCUUCACUUUCCUACAGGAUUAGCAGUAGGAGUUGACAAUUCACUUUACAUUGCUGAUUAUGGCAAUAAUAGAGUAAUUAAAUUAUCAGAAGGAUCUUCAGUGGGUUCCAUCGUUGCUGGUACUGGAAUAUCAGGUAACAGUGCCAAUCAAUUGAAUGGACCAACAGGUUUACAUGUCGAUGCAUCAUUAAAUAUCUACGUCGCUGAUAGUAAUAACUUUCGAAUAAUGUUUUGGCAAAGAAAUUCAUCAAUGGGUGUAAAAGUUGCAGGAAGCGGAGUUUCUGGAAGUACACUUAAUAGUUUUUCUACUAUAGCUGGUUUAUUUGUUGAUUUACAAGGAAAUAUUUAUCUUUGUGAUUGUAAUAAUCAUCGUGUAAUGAAAUUUGCACCAAAUGUCACUAAUGCUGUCAAUGUAGCAGGUACUGGAGUGUCAGGAAGUAGCAGUUAUCAGCUCAAUAUGCCUUAUGGUGUCUAUUUUGAUGAUGUUAAAUCAUAUCUUUAUGUUGCUGAUUAUAAUAAUCAUCGAAUUCAACGUUAUACUGUGGGUGUGUCAACGAAUGGUACCACUGUCGCCGGAGGAAAUGGAAUUGGAUCAGGAAGUCAGCAGUUAUAUUUACCAUAUUCUGUAUGCGUGUCGAAAAUAACUAAUGCCAUUUACAUUGCCGAUUCAGGCAACAACCGUGUACAACGCUGGAGUUCUGGAGCAACAAGUGGAGUAACUAUAGCAGGUAAUGGUGCAUUAACCAGUAAUUACUCAACAUCAUUAUUCGGAGCUAUGGACAUUAGAUUAAGCAUUAAUGAUACUAAUCUAUUUGUAAGUGAAAUGAAUUAUAAUAGAGUAUGGCGUUUCAAACUCGUAUAA